CUUCUCCCCAGUGCGCAAACGUGAGGUACGGCAAGACAGACACUCACAUGCCCGAGCUAGGUAAGCGCAUCUCGGGUUUAGUGCGGUAGAGUAUGAAGCAGAGUUUGUUUGCUAUUUGCUUCCAUUCGUCCAAAGCCGCUGUGGUGUACAGCGGAGUGUACUGUAUGGAAAUGACGGGGCGGAUCUAUGGAUACGGCCCACGAUGCCCAAUUAAAGGACUGGCCAAGCUGAGAGACACUACACUCGCUACACUACACUACACCACACCAUCUGGUCGGGCACACGCGACGAGCACGGAUGAGUGGCCACUUUCAAGACGCAUUCAACGUCAGGCUUCAGAAACGGCACGUUUGAAUCCUUACUCGCGCGGCAGCAUCCCUAAACCAGUGGCGGCAAGGCAGGGCUGGGACAUUGCCAGCUGUGUCACCAUGCUACGAGUACGGUCUAAAAGAGCGUUGAAAGAUGGCAUCCUCGCAGCCCGACAUACAUUCAGUCUUUCGCGCGGGCUGACAAACAAUCAAAUGAAUUUCUUUAUCAGGCCGGGAUGUAAUCAAGCCUCGGAACCCUUCCCCAGCGCGGGAGAUCGGGAGAGCGGGAGACCGGGAAGAGAGGGAUUGGAGGCCAUUGGACGGAUGGUUUUGCUGUGGAUUUCCCCUUUGGCCAGCUCAGCUUCUUCUCCUUUCUUGACAUGGGACCCGUGAUAACGAUGACCGAUCUGUUUCGACCAAAACUGGCUGCGCGAGGUGCCGGGGUUUGUUUGGUCUUCAGACUUCUCUCCGUUUUCUGGCCAACAGAAGCGCCAACGGGCCGCAAGCAGCCCCAGCUAUUUGGAUGCCUUGGCGCCUCGUUUCAAUCGGGUUUUCUGCUGCAGGCAAUACCCACACCUGUGCGCGACGUCAAUAGUCGACAACCCAUAGGAAAAAGAAUAGGAAGUCUCUAUCGAUAA